AAGGACGCGAUGCUGGUACUUGAAACACCACGUUUGGUAGGCACCCAGUUUUGUAUGCACACUAAUGUCAAGAGACUCACACAGAUUUGGCCAGUGUCAGGUCCUAGCCGCCUCAUUUUUUCACGAUUAUCUGGUCGUUAUUCUGGACCGUGCUGUGCUGGUAGCGCAACUGAGUGCGGCUAAUCGUAUCAUCGAUGCUCAACCGCGUGGCUUAACGCACAUGGCGACUUCCACCAGCAUUCCGAUGGUGCACAUGCUUUGGCAGGCCGAGAUGUGGGAUGAGGGGUCGGCAUAAGGACUAUUGGGCUCCUUGGACGAUACCAUACGUGCAUCCAACGAUACCACAUCUUCGUUGAAGAGUCCAGUCCAGGAAGUCCACCGCUCGUUUCUCUCAAACUCGGACCGAAAUUGAACAUCUCUCCCGAGCAUCGAAUAUCUGGCCUCCGAGCUGGCAACUCAGGAUUGGAAGCGGUCUGGAUCGAAG